AUGGACACUUCUCAUUUUGCACCCGGAACUCAAGAGGUUUUGAGCGAUCUCUUGGUCGAGCGUGGUCUCAGCGAGUGGCAAGUCGUGCGUGGUGCUCGCAUCUCGACGGACUCUGACGAAGCAAUCGAUGUGAUCUAUGGCUAUGCGCUGACCACGAGUCUUCAAGAAGAACGCAUCGACCGCAAACGCAAGCGGAAAGCAGGGAAUCGCGCCAGCGAUAACGAGCAGCCGACAUGGAGCUGCUUCCUAGUACUUCCCACCGUCUCCUCCCACAUGCCCCCAACACUAAGCAUCAAAAGGCUUCUUGAGUUGCAGCAAUGCGCCGACGUCCAUGAACCAAUGGGGAUCUCAAUCGCUACCAAGCGAACAUUCCUGUGCCUCACGGACGCCGCCAACAUCAGCUACUACGCUCUCCAGGCACCAGCAAUCCUGCCUUAA